UUUAUUAUAAAAAUUUUAUCGAUACUCGUCUUGAAAGCGUGUAAUGUAAUUGACAAAUGAUAUUGAUAUUACCAAAUCAGCCAUCGCCAACCCGAGCCGGACCUGUCUCAAUCAAAGGCUUGCUGAACCGCAAAUCACGACGGGACCCUCCCUCCGGAUCCGGCCACUCCUAUCCACGCAGGCGCUCUCCCAUCCAAUCAGCGUCCGAACCCUCACACCCUCGCAAACCUCCGUGAACCUUCAAUUGACCGCUUCCUCAUUUUUUUGCCGCCAAACCGAACAGCUCCGCCCAGCAGCAAUAUCAUAAAAUGCGCCUUUUAAUCAUAAACCGCAAGCAGCUCACACCCGCGCGGCCGGCACCGGGUUAUUAGCUCUGUGUUAUCGUCAACAGUGAAUUAUGAAGUGCUUUGUGUACGAAGUGAACUAAACUAUGAUGGAUCAGAGACAGGUGUAUCCGAAUUUAUCCGACCUCUUGUAUCAGAACGAAAAGUUCGGCGAUAAUUACGGCGAAAACGAGCGCUACACCGACAAUGAUCAUUCGCGGGCAUCGCCGACGUCGCCCGUGUCGCUGGAGGAGGACGACAGCCAGUCUUUCGGCGUGGAUUUGACGGGGAAGGGCACCAAUUUGGCUGGGAAGUCGUUCACGAUAGCAGCGAUCCUAGGACUGACCGGUUCUGAUGACGAUGUGAUGAACCUGAGCGUCCAGGAGAGACUCCAGAACCAGAGACAGCUCCAGAACUACCUGUACGCCGGUCAUGAGAUGCAGCGACUUAAUGACGGAUUCUGCAGGACGAUGGUCGGCGUGCCGUCGGCGUUGAGGCAAGACAGCCCCAGACCAGAGCUGCGGCAGGUCAGCCAGCUGAAGCCGAGAACUCAAACAAUAACUUGCGCUAACAGUUCCGGUCGGAGUAAGCGUAUCCGGACAAUUUUCACACCCGAGCAGCUGGAACGCCUGGAGGCUGAGUUUGAGAGACAGCAGUACAUGGUCGGGCCGGAGAGGCUGUACCUGGCACACGCGCUGCAACUCACAGAGGCACAGGUGAAGGUCUGGUUCCAGAAUCGGCGCAUAAAAUGGCGGAAGCACCACCUGGAAGUGACGCAGCAGCGGCUGGCUGUGCUGCAGAGGCACAGGCCGGACGAGAGGGACGACGUAUAGAUAAUAAAUGACACGUGACUUUGACAUCUGACACUGACAUCUGACAUUGACAUUUGACGUUUCAGUAUCCGUGACAUAUUUAAUUCUUUUACAGCCGCUUCAACGAUUUUAAACCGCAUCUCUCACACAACGUGACAUUGGAAGAACGUUGUGUGCAGCGUCACAAUUAAAUGUCUGUACUAAACUGUCAUCGCUGAAUUAUUUUGAAAUGUCAGUCAUCCAUCUUAAUUUACUAUAACUUGUUUUAUAUUUUAUUCCAAUUAUCAUUGCGCCGUUGUUGCUUUUACAACAUAUUUUAAAUAGUAUCCGAUAAUAACAAACAUUCCUUCGAUAUAAUAAUUUUUACUCAGACAAACAUACGUUUGUAUUAGUGACACGUAAUCCAAACGUUCGUAACAAUCUGAAUUAAUUACGAAUGCACUAUUAAUGUUUUUAAAACGUACAAUGUUAUUUUAAUUACGACAUAUAUUUAUAAGGUACAUUAAAAUAAAAUAGAAAAUCGUAGAUGUAUAGUUAGUUUAAGUUUGUAAAUACAUUUUCCUUUGACGUCGGCUAUAUCAUUUAAUAUAGGGCACAACGUAAUUAUAUCCGAGACUUUCGCGAGUAAAUAAAACUAAAUAAAACUGAGAUUUUGGGAUUUACUACGCGUUUUUCAUUAUUUUAUAUACAUACUCUAGACGUUUCGGUUACUUUGUACCUCGUAGUAACCGUGAUCACGGGCACACGAGAGCAUGUAGAGUACUUGUGUUUAGAAAAGUUUUUAAAUAAUAAAAUGAAGCGUAGUUAUCUGAAAACAUUAGUUUUAUUUGAUCGCACGACGUAGUUCUUUUCCAUGAUGAAAAAUCGUUGAACAAUGUAAAAAAAAACCCUUAAAUCACGUAUUUGUAAAGUUACCUAUGACGUAGAACUUGUAUUAUUCUCGUUUUCUUUGAUGUAAGUAAUAAAUAAAUAUAAUAUACAUGAAUAA